GAAAUUUUGAACCAAAUAGUCGGUUAUUAAGACUAUCAUUGUUAGUGCUAUUUUUUCUUAUUUGUAAAAGUUCAGCAUAGAAUUUGUAAACAUGAGUGUAAUCGACGAAACAUGGGACUUCAAAAUAGAUAUUAAACAAAUUGAUGAACAGUUAUUCUGUGAGUUCAAAUCUGAUGAGGGAGAUUUAUCUAAACAAAUUGCGAACCAGUUAGGUUUCCAAACACAGAACCUAAAUUACUCUGUAAGUUCAGCUAAGAACAGUGACGACGAAUUAAGGGUGAUAACUGAAAAAAACAAACAAUUGGUACACGAUAUUAAAUCCAAAGUUGAAGAAUACGAGCAACAACAGGUGGAAUACAGCAAAUUUAAGUCAGAGCAAAAAUUACUUACAAUGGAAAUCAAGGAUACCCAUGAAGCAUUUUUAAUGGCAAAAAAGUAUUACAAGAAAUUUUUAAAAAUUUACUUUACCAUUGAAUUAAGGAAUGAUGGGAAAGAUGGGAUAUUUCUACAGUUCUUCACUGAAGCAAAGAAAGAAUCAAAAGGAAAUUCAGUUUAUUUGUUGAGGGACUCAAAAACGAAACAUUAUGAAGUGUUGGAGAUAACACCAGGGCAAGAGAUUUGUAAAGAAGUUCAACAGAAACUUCAAGCUACGAAUGAUGUGCCUGGUGCUCUUUGCUACAUCAGACAACAUUUCAUGAAAAUUAAGAAAGGAAAAAAGGUACAUUCAUAGAAAUCACUACAUUAUUCAGACCUGCUUUAAUAUAUAUUUUAAGUAGCCGAAUGGAUAUUAAUUGAGAAAUAUUACUUUGUCAGCUUUUUUCACUAAAUAUUUUGACUCAUAUUAAACUUAUUAGUUUAAGUAAUAUGUGGUAUUUUCUAUAAAAAGGAACCUUAUUGUCGAUGGCGCUUACGCCAUUAUUGAUUAUGCUCCGAUGUGAAUACAAUGCCGCGCGACGCUGUGGCGUAAGCGCCAUCGACAAUAAAGUCCCUUUUCAUAGAAAAUGCCCCAUAUUCACUCCUGUCUUUGGAUUCAAGAAGUAAAAGUAUUAUAUCUAUCUUUUGCCUAGAUGACAACAGGUAUAACUGGAAAAUAAUGCAAAUAUGUUUAUAAAUUGAAAAAUAUUCAUUUAUUUAUUAGGUAUCAACAAACAUGGAGAUAAAAUAAAUAAAUUUAGCUGCUGCUUGCUUUGUAACAUUGUAUGAUAUAAUUAAUAUUCACUAUUGAUUCCUUAGAUAUAAGUAGAGGUUAUAAAUAACAGGAGGAUGCAUGUUGCACCCCUUUGCACACUCCAUGGAACACCUCAUGAAAGACAGAUAAACAUCUUUCUUUUGCGACAUGACAUGAACUUGUGUGUUCAGUUUUAGCUAUGGCACAGAUUGAGAUUGUAAUUCUUUACUGCUAUAUUUUGUAAAUAAAUGAAUACUUGCAUAUGAA